AUGGAAGAGGGAAAUCACUCGGAAGUGACUGAGUUCAUUCUCUCAGGCCUGACAGAUCGUCCAGAGUUGCAGGUCCCGCUCUUUGGGGUGUUCCUACUGAUGUAUGUUAUCACUGUGGUGGGCAACGGGGGGAUGAUCUUCUUAAUCACGACAGACCCCCGACUCCACACCCCCAUGUACUUUUUCCUCCGGAGUUUGUCUUUCUGUGAUCUCUGCUGCUCCACAGUGAUUGCCCCUAAGAUGCUGCAGAUUUUCUUAGCGGAGAGGAAAAUCAUUUCUCACGCUGCUUGCGCUGUGCAAUUGUUUUUCUUCCUUUAUUGCAUUGAUAUCGAGUGUCUCUUGCUGGCUGUGAUGGCGUACGACCGUUAUGUGGCCAUCUGUAACCCGCUGCUCUAUAUGGUCAUCAUGUCCAGGCAGCGUUGUAACCUUCUGGUGGCUGGAGUGUUUGCUGUGGGGUUGGUGGAUUCAGUGAUACUGACGUGUUUUACAUUUCAACUGUCAUUCUGUCACUCCAAUGUUAUCAAGCAUUUCUAUUGUGACUCCCCCCCACUCCUGGCACUCUCCUGUUCUGACACCCGCAUCAGAGAGAUUGUGAUGUUUGCCUCCACAUGCUACAUCAUAGUGAGCAGUGCAGUGACCAUCCUCCUGUCCUAUGUCUGUAUCUUCUCCAGCAUCCUGCGCAUCCAUUCUGCCAAAGGCCGGUGCAAAGCCUUCUCCACCUGCGCUUCCCACUUGUGCGCGGUGGGCAUGUUUCAUGGCACCCAACUCUUCAUGUAUUUACGUCCUCCCUCCAGCUAUUCCAUGGACACCGACAAAAUAACCUCAGUGUUUUACUCGUUGGUGAUCCCCAUGUUGAACCCCCUCAUCUACAGCCUGAGGAACAGGGAGGUGAAGGACGCCCUGAGGAAAACCAUCAAUAAACUCCUAACUCAGUCUUGA